AUUCGGCACGCAACUCAAAGUAAACAACCAUCCCUGAAUCUAAAAAAACACAACAACCUGUCAAUUACCCAAUCAAUCUCCACCAUCGCCGUCGCAUCUCCACCAUGGAAUCCAACACACAAACCAAACCAAAAUCCCCAAAAAACAACCGAGACUUCCUCAUCCACCUCGAAGCAUACCUCGCCAAACGCGACGGCGUCGACAAACUCUUAAAAAUCUCCCGUUACGCCACCAAAAUCAUCCUCUCCUCCGACCUCGUACCCGCCACCCACCCCUUCCACCGCCGCCUCAAAACCUUCGAAUCCAACGUCGGGCUCAGCCGCAAAGCCUUCCGCCUAGGCAAGUUCAUCCAAGACAUCAAUUCACUCCGCUCAGCAAAACUCGACACCACACAAAAUGUUAUAAUCGCAUUGAUUGCAUACGGCGGAGAAGGUGUGUAUUACUUUGUUGAACAGUUUGUGUGGUUAGCCAAAUCAGGGCUCAUUAGCCCCACCCACGCGCGUGUUUUGCAACGAAUUAGCGCGUGGGCUGAGUUAAUUGGGUAUGUUGGGAGUGUUAGUAUGAAGGUUAAGGAAUUAAAGGGGAUUUCAUUUGAUGAAAGAUGUUUGUUAUCGAGUAUUGAAAUUGCGGUUACGAGAGGUGAUGAUGUGGAGCCUGAGAUGGAGAGGUUGGGGAAGUUGAGGGAAAAGAAGUUGAUGAAGAGGUUGUCAUUGGUGCAAGAUGUGGCGGAUGGGUUGAUGGCGGUCGCGGAUAUUCGCGAUGGGAAGGGGCGGCUUUCGGGGCCGUUGUUGAUGGCGUCGGCUGGGAUGGUGUCCGCGGUUAUUAGUACUCAUAAGAAUUGGUUGUCUUGUUGAUUAAAUAUGAUAGCUGUGAAAUUUGAAUUGAUGUGUCAUUUGUUGAGUAUACAUGAAUCAUAAUAAGUAUAUGGGAAAUUGGUUCUUUUUAAGUUGCUAGAUUGUAGUUCAGAAUGUGAAUGAAUCUUGAUGUUUUGGCA